GGAGGUGCCCAGGAAGUCACCUCUGCCCAAGUCUGCCCAACUGAAGAUGGCUCGUGCCCACCCUGGGACAGAGCCCAGUGCCUGAGGUCCUUACCAUGGUGAUGAUCCUAAGUAAAAGCCUCGACACCCAGCGCGCUGACUCCAUAGCAUGCAGGACCUUCAACUCUGAGCUGCACACGCCAAAGAAGAUGAGUCACGGACCGACACUUUUCUCUUGUGGAAUUAUGGAAAAUGACAGAUGGCGAGACCUGGACAGGAAAUGCCCUCUUCAGGUUGACCAGCCGAGCGCCAGCAUCUGGGAGUGCCUGCCUGAGCAGUGUCAGGAUGGCACUCUGUGGCACCGGGAGGCAGCGAACACCUGCACGGUGACUAACCUGAUCAAAGGCCUCAGCCUCAGCGACCACAACGGGAACCCCUCUGCCCCGCCCAGCAAGCGCCAGUGCCGGUCACUGUCCUUCUCGGAUGAAAUGUCCAGCUGCCGGACAUCUUGGCGGCCCUUGGGGUCCAAAGUCUGGACUCCGGUGGAAAAGAGACGCUGCUACAGCGGGGGCAGCGUCCAGCGCUACUCCAGCGGCUUCGGCACCAUGCAGAGAAGCUCCAGCUUCAGCCUCCCUUCCCGCGCCAACGUGCUGUCCUCGCCCUACGACCCGGCGGGGUUCCACCACCGAUUCGGAGGCCAGCCCUGCCCAGGGGCGCCCGGCUCGGCCACCCGUGGACAGGCAGGCGACAUCUGGAGCCCCGACGCGAAUCCUGCGGGAGGGGGUCGGCUCGACAUGCAGCGGUCCCUGUCCUGCUCCCAUGAGCGGUUUUCCUUCGCGGAGUACAGUGCGCCCUCGGCCAGCAGCACACCUGCCUCAACGCCGGAGCUGGUCCGACGCCCCAGCGGGCUUGCCCGCAGCCGCUCCCAGCCGUGCGUGCUCAACGACAAGAAGGUCGGCGUCAAGCGGCGGCGCCCGGAAGAGGCGCAGGAGCAGAGGCCGUCGCUCGACCUCGCCAAGAUGGCGCAGAACUGUCAGACCUUCAGCAGCCUCAGCUGCCUGAGCGCGGGGAUGGAGGACUGCGGCCCCCACAGCCCCUUCGCCCUCCACGUCAGCAGCACCAGGUCCUGGACCGCCCUGCUCUCGGCCUCCGGCCCCGGGGGCAGGACCCCCGCCGGGACCCCAGUCCCUGAGCCUCCGCCCCCGUCCUUCGAUGAGCACCUGGCCUACAAGGAGGAGCUGUACAGCGAGGAGUCGGACGGGUGCACCCUGGACGAGGGCUGCGGCAGGGGUGGGGAGCCGGCCUCAGCCUGGCGGGACCGCGGGGUUGCUGGGGGCAGCCCCUGCUCCCUGGACGGUGAGCUGGACAUUGAACAGAUAGAGAACAACUGAGGUGGGCCGCGGGCCCCUGGUCGGGAGUGGGGGCACAUCAAGUUCGACGGCUUCCCUCCAGGCACGAGGUGGUCACCAACGCGGGGAGCCCCACUCCUGGGCCUGACCUCCCUGGAAGGCGCCAGGUGCCAGGGAGUGAGCCCACCCACGCCCCGGGAGGCCGGCCCCCCGCAGGGGCCCGUGCCACAUGGCGCGACGCCUCGGCCUCUCGCCGGCAUGGCAGCCACGGCCCCCGAGCUGCUGCGGCCGCCAGAGCAGCUGCUCGGGUGGGUCUCCCCCCCCUCCUCGUGGGACCUCGGCCGCGAGCUCCCCGGCCGCCCCUGCUGGGCAGCCCCGUGGCCCUGCUCCGCAUGCUCAGGCCCAUCUGGUGGUGUCAAGGCCCUUCUUGGCCUCCUGCUCAGGUUCAGUUUGGGGGGUCGGCCCCACAGUUCCUUUCACUCAGUUUUAUUCCGUGCCUUUGCUCCCAGGUCUCCCCGCUUCGGGCUUGGGCAGGGUCGGGAGGUGCUGGAGUGACCUCCUGUAGUAACACCCCAACUGUCUGGCCUUAAUCCCAAGUGUGAGCGGCAGGGGCCCAGGAGUGCUGGGGUGGCCCUCCACGUCUGGGGCUCAAGGAACAACUUGGGGUACCUGUUAGAGGCCAUCUGCAUUAAGUAGACUUUUGGUUCUGUUGCCUGGAUAGACCCACUUUCCUCUCCCGUGUGUGGGGAGCCUGACCCUGUGGCUCUCUGCCACUCUGGGGCCACCUUGGCAGGGUUGGCAGAUGGCGGCCAUUCUCCGUGGCUCACCUGUCACUGAGUGAGGCGCUUAGUCGAUUCAGGAGGGUGGAGAGACGUCAUCAUAAAAAGGCGACCUCUUAAAAGGAGGUAGGAGCUAUGAGCAGGUCUGCAAACCCAGGUCCUGUGCACCUGUCAGGGGUGGGGGAUGUCUGCCGGCCGUUCUGGGAGGACCUAGGUCGAGAGCCUUCAAGACCCCUGCAGUAUUCCAGGCACGUUCUCACUGGCGGUGGGGACUGUGCGCUUCCGUCGAGGUGGCCCCUCUGCCUCGAGACAGGCCUGUGUGCGGUCAGCUGGGCGAGCAGAGCUUUUCCAGGGCUGCCUUCUUGCUCCGGCCUCACCGGGAAGCACACUGCACCCUCCCCAGCGCCUCGUGCCCCUGGUAGACGCCCCGGUGGUGGUGACGUGGAGCCCUGCCCCGCGGUUGUGCACUCCGGUGGCUCCUGUCCGGCUUGGUUGCAGACGUGUCCCGUGGGUGCUGCUCUCUUGGAAUAUGGGUUUUUCAGCAAACUCGGCAUCUCACACAGACGGUAGCAGCUGGGUCGGCUCAUGAGCGAGUGGCCCCUUCUCCCAAAAGCUGAAAGUCCACCGCGGCGCUCUCCGGAGUUGCCGGACACGUGGCGGCGGCACGGUCAUAGCCACUCUGCGUCUGCUCUGCUCUUAAGAGCAAAUGCCUCACUUUUCCCCUAAAGAGAGACCCAAUUUGGGAAGCUUUACUUAAACCUUCACUUUUUCAUAUCAAAAGUGUGGUGGCUCAGGUUCUGAUUUAUAGGUGUCUUUUCCUACAGAUCAGCCAUAAGAUAUAAGAUGCUUGCAGAAAACCCCGAGUCAGUGGCCUCGGAGAUGGUGUCGAAGCCGGCGAUUGGAGAGAUGAUGGGUGCGUGGGCACCGGGCAGGGCCUGGGGCGUGAACCGGCUUCGCCUCAGUGGCUCCCACCAGGCAAACGUCCCCUGGAGGGCCAAACCAGAGAGCUAGGGGCUCUGGGUAGACGGUCUCGCCCAGUCUGUACUUGCGGGCUGUGGUGGCCACGUCUUCUUAGAGGUAAUUCAGAGGGGGCUGGGGCAGGUGUUGGGUGACAGUGGCAGUGUAUGAAUUCGGAGAGCACACGCCGGUGCUUCGUGUCCUCACAAAGCCUGAGGCGGGAGGUGGCACCUGGCCCACACCAGGAGUGGCCACAGAGGGACCAUGGCCUCCACAGCGGUCCUUCCUAUGGAAGCAGGCAGGGCCCCACCCCUGGUCCACACUGCAGUGAGGGGUGGGCUUUGGGCCAGGACGGUGCCUUUCCUUGGUGCCAGGAGGGGAAGCACAUGAGGUGGGUGUCACAGGUGACCUGUCUUUGGACUUGUGGGCCACCUCCCCCCAAGCUGGUCCUAUUGACCCGCAAGCCCAGCCUCAGGGCACUUGCGGGCAGAAGGGAUCCUAGCCCAAGGCAGGGUUCGGCCCUUUCCAGCCUCCUUAGGCCCCUCGUGGCUGACCUGGCCCCACCGAAGCUCCUGGCCCAAGCCCGCAGCAGCAGUGACGAGGGGAGAGAUGGCGGGUGGCCCUUCUGCUCAGAGGGAGAAAGCCUGCAGGUGGUUCGUCUUGCCCGGAGAGAGAAGACUAUAUCUAGAAGGUGCUGCCACGUGGCUCAGAGGCACAUUCUGUGCUACCCGGCUGGCACCAGCCGUCUUAGAACUCAUGGAGGCUCACCCGGGAGGUUCCCUCUGAUCCCAUGUGACUGUCCCCAGGGGCCAUAGGUGGGCUGGCAGGCACACCCUGCAGGAGCCUCACUUCUGUCGGGGCCCUGCCUUGUGGCCGAUGCCCAUGAACUCCUGCCUCUGAGUGGAGACGGAGGAAGUUCAGAGCCAGGAGGGAGGGCUGUGCCAGACCACCCGCCCAGCUGCCCGCUGGGGCCCUGAGGGGCAAGAGCAGGGUCUGGCUCUUGGGGAGCUGGGUGGGGAGGACAGGCUUCCUGGCAUAUGGCACCCCCUCAGUCCGAAGGCGCACCCCCUAAACUGCUGGGCUGACAGGCUGCCAUCUGCCGUGGAGGCCGGGCUGGGCUCAGGCCCGCAGCCUCACCGUCCACGUUGCUGCAAACCCUCUUGCCUUACUCGCGGUGGGGGCCCGGGCCGGCCCAGGGCCCCAGGCGCCACGGGGAGCUCGUUCUGACCGUACAUAUGGAUAUCCAUUCUCAGAAAGCCUUACUUUUCAACAGAAUUUUUGUAACAGGAAAGUUUUGUGAAUUUGUAUGCUGAAAGAAAAUUUUAAUAAAGGAAAAGCUCACAUUAUAAAAAAACACAGAGAGCCACGUUUGGACCCAAACGUCCAAACGGGUCUCCUCGUGUGGGUGGCCUGGUUUCCCACACGCCGGCCGAUGCUGCCCGAGGGCACCCAGGGCACGGCCUGAGCAGCGUCCAUGGCAUUGAGUGCCCUGCGUGCCCUGCUGUGGCUCAGGCUUGGCAUCUCCGUGUCUGCCCGUGAGGUUAAGGUCGUGCACUGUGACCUCAGGACCGGUCACCUAAGUGAUGACCGCUUCGGGCUCUGCGCCUGGGGCGUGAGCAGCCCCCAGACACGGGCUCGGCAGCCCGGUCCGGGCCUGCUGGUGCCGCCCAGUCACUCUGCUCCGUGUCGGCAGUGGGGCCGCCUCUUGCCAGAGCCACACGGUCAAACACCACCCCCGCCUCGCCCACCGGUGCCAGUCACAGAAAACCUUGCCUCUUUAAAGAGAAAAGGAGAGAAAAAGAUUUUUUAAAACUCCCAGACACAGGAGAGAUCUUGUAGCCUAGGUAGGGUAGUCUGACCUUCUAGCAUAGUCUCUCUGGCAAAUAAACCGUGUUUUCAGUGCGUGGGGCUGGGGGCCCUGUGACACGCGGGGGCUGCUCCUGGGCUGUAGUGUGCUUUCCACAACGGACAUGCUUCAGGAAGGGUGGCAGCCAGCGCGUGUGGGGUUGGGCCGGGCCCCCGUCCGGGGAGCAACCUCUGUGCCGAGGGCGCCAGGCCUGCAUCGCCCACCGCGCCCCUCACAGGCCCCACACAGGCCACGACUUGCACUAGGAGCCGCUCUAGUCUCAGGAAUUUGCUUGUUACUUUUACUGUGUAAAUAAAGCUUCCUGGUUCAAUAUCCAA